AUGACUUCCACAAAAGACAAGAAAACAGACUGGAAUGAGUUUUACAAGAAUGGCAUCCCGAAAGAAGUAAUUGUCAUUGAUGAUUCGCCCGAGCCACAGUCAAGCCGAACUGCAGUCACGAACGGCAAUACGCGCCAUGCCGACAAGAAGCGAAAAACUGCCACAUACGAACCCCUCUACCACCAACAAACUUCGUACUCGACCACCCAGACCCCAUACUACGACCACACUUCCCCAAAUACCACUGCCACUGCCUCGUCUGACAGAUCUGCCGUAGCUACCACUGCUACCACCUCAUUGGGCUCAAACGGCACCUCCGCCUACAUGGCUCCUGUUGCUACUGGCCAAAAGCGGAAGCGAGCUCCUGCAAAAGCUGAAAAGCCCCACAAACGGAGAGAAAUUGACCUCAAUGAUCCAGCUCCUCUGGCUCUUUACCGUGCCCCUCCCAAACCCCCAAUCAAGUCGGCUGAAGUCAAGGUCGAGGUUGUGCAAGAUAUCAGGCAUCAUCCCAAGGACAAGGUCGACGAUGAAGACGGUCACUAUAUCGUCAUACCUGACGCUGAUCUUACCCAACGAUAUCAAAUCGUGAGACUUUUAGGCCAAGGAACCUUUGGCAAGGUCGUCGAAGCCUACGACAGGCAGGAGCGCCAGAAGGUUGCCAUCAAGGUUAUUCGAUCAGUACAGAAAUACCGAGACGCCUCUAGGAUUGAACUGAGAGUCCUCAAAACGCUGGCAUCCAACGAUCAGGACAACGCCAAUCGUUGUAUCCACCUUCGCCAUUGCUUCGACUUCCGCAAUCACAUCUGCAUUGUCACGGAUCUCUACAGCCAGAGUGUUUUCGACUUUCUCAAGGCGAACCAAUUCGUUCCCUUUCCGAGUACGCACAUCCAGAAGUUUGCCAAGCAGCUCUUCACAAGUGUAGCUUUCCUUCACGACUUGAAUCUCAUCCACACCGAUCUCAAGCCCGAGAAUAUCCUUCUGGUCAAUAAUUCCUACCAAACCUUCACGUACAACCGACAAGUCCCCUCUUCUUCAACCUCCACGUCUCGAACGUCACGUCACCGACGAGUCCUUCUUGAUCCUGAAAUUCGGUUGAUCGACUUUGGAUCGGCAACUUUCCAAGAAGAGUACCACUCGUCGGUUGUCUCCACCAGGCACUACCGUGCGCCAGAAAUCAUCCUCAACCUCGGCUGGAGCUUCCCUUGUGACAUUUGGAGUAUAGGAUGUAUUCUGGUCGAGUUCUUCACGGGCGACGCUCUGUUCCAGACGCACGACAACCUCGAGCAUCUGGCAAUGAUGGAAGCUGUAUGUGGGGGCAAGAUUGACAAAGACAUUAUUCGAGCCGUGCAGAAGUCUGACAAGGGUUCAAGUCGCAACCCUGCCACAAGCUACUUCCGUGGUAUGAAGCUCGACUACCCGAACGGAGACACCCAGAAGACGUCGAAGAAGUACGUCAGAGCCAUGAAGAAGCUUCAUGACACCAUCCCAUGUCACACCGACUUUAACCGUCAGUUUCUUGACCUGCUCAAGAAGAUCUUUGUCUAUGAUCCCAAAAAGCGCAUCAAGGCCCACGAGGCCCUCCACCACCGAUGGUUCUCAGAAGUCCUCACCGACGAUGGCACCGAGGCUCACCGGAUCCGGUUGGAGAAGGAGAAGAAGGCUGCACGCCAACGAUGA